GGGAGGCGGCCGGAAGCGCGCGGCCCGGAGCGGAACAUGGCGCGAGCGGCCAAGAGUGCCAUUGUUCUAUGCUGGGAUGUGGGAUAUACAACAAACCUCGUGCCACCAGGGGAAGAAUCAUCAUUUGAACAAGCAAAGAAAGUUGUGCUACUAUUUCUCCAACGUCAAGUUUUUGCUGAGAAUAAAGAUGAGACAGCUUUAGUCCUGUUUGGGACUGACGAAACCUCUAACCCACUUGCUAAACCAGACCAAUACCAGCACAUUUCUGUGUACAGAAACAUGAUGAUCCCUGACUUUGAUCUCCUGGAAGAUGUUCAAAGUCGUAUUGUGACAAGUAAUGAGCAAGCUGACUUUCUGGAUGCCCUAAUUGUCUGCAUGGACUUGCUUCAGGAACAGACCUUGGGGAAGAAGUAUGAGAAGUUGCAUAUUGCAGUACUGACCGAUCUGAAUAGUCCCUUCAGUUAUGACCAGCUGGAUGUCAUUACACACAACAUGAAACGAGCUGGAAUAACGCUGCAGUUCUUCUUGCCCUUUGCACUGGAUGCGACCAACAUGGGAGACAGUGGAGAUGCAGCAGAAAGAAGAAGCAAUGUUUCACAUGGGAAAGGUCUAACGGCACAACAGAAAGAAGGAAUGCGAAUGGUUCGGAGAGUUAUGCAGUCGUUAGAUGAAGAAGGAGGACUAGAUGAAGUCUUCACUUUCAGGGAAAGUGUGGAACAAUUGUCCAUAUUUAAGAAAAUUGCAAAGAAGCCGAUGGCAUGGCCGUGCCAGCUCACCAUUGGCUCCGGAAUCACCAUUAACAUCGUGGCAUACAAAGCAAUAACGGAGGAAAAAUGUAGAAAGAGCUGGACAUCUGUUGAUGCUAAAACGUUACGGAAGGGAGAUGUGAGGAGAGAGACUGUUUGCUGCUUGAAUGACGACAAUGAGACUGAAGUUACAAAGGAGGACACUAUCCAAGGAUUCCGUUACGGCAGUGACAUUAUUCCGUUCUCACGUGUGGAUCAGGACCAGAUGAAGUACAAAACCAAUGGCAAAUGUUUCAGUGUCCUUGGAUUUACCAAGUCUGCACAAGUCCCGCAACAUUAUCAGGUUGGACGGCAAACACUAAAGGUCUUUGCUGCAAAGGAUGAUGAGCAUGCUGCAGUGGCUUUGUCUGCACUGCUUCACUCACUGGAAGAGCUGCAAAUGGUGGCGAUAGUGCGUUAUGUUUAUGACCGGAGAUCAAACCCACAAAUUGGAGUGGCCUUUCCUUUGAUUAAAGAUAAAUGUGAGUGCUUGAUUUAUAUUCAACUCCCCUUCAUGGAAGAUCUACGGCAGUUUACCUUCGCUUCUCUGAAGAACAAUAAGAAAGCUGCAACUUCAGAGGAGCAGUUAGAAGCUGUGGAUGCUCUGAUCGACUCGAUGAGCUUAGUGAUGGGUGACGAGGAAGAGCUGGAGGAUCUCUUCAAAGUCAACAAACUUCCGAAUCCUCACUUUCAGAGGCUGUUUCAGUGUCUUCAGUGGAAAGCAUUUCAUCCAGAUGAACCUCUUCCUCCCCCAAACCCUCACUUGAAAAGUAUGUUAGACCAACCCCGGGAGAUAGUUGAUUCCAGCCUGGCAGCAUUGGAGCAGUUAAAGAAGCUUUUCACUCUGCAAGAUUUAGGCAAGAAGAAAGAGCACAAGAUUGCACAACAGAUCUUCAAAGACAAUGAUCCAGAAGAACCAGAUGCAAAGAAAGCGCGGUCUGAUGAGGAAUUUAAUAUUGUCGCGUUAGCAGAAGGCACUGUUACAGCUGUUGGCAGUCUCAAUCCAGUAUCAGACUUCCAGGCUCUGGUCCAUCAAAAGAGCGUCAAUUUCAGAGAAGUGACCAAGCAACUAAUGGAGCGUGUCUACCAAUUCCUGGAGGUGAAGAAUCAGCAGUAUUACAUCAAGAGCUUGGAUUGCAUCAAGGUUUGCAGGAAGGAAUCUGUUAAGGCAGGGGAAUCCCAACAUUUCAACACGAUACUGAAAACACUGAAAGAGAGUGUGGACACCAAAGGGCUGCAAGAGUUCUGGGAGAUGAUUGUACAAGAUUCUGUCUCUCUCAUCACAAGGAAUGAAGAUGCAGGAAGUACAGUGACCAGUGAAGAAGCCAAGCAGUUUCUGCUCCCAGAAGAAACAUCCAUGGAAGAGAAGGCGGUGAACAUGGAUGAAGGAGAUGUCGAUGAACUGCUUGAUCUGAUGUAAAGUGAACCUGGUGAAAUGCAGGAGUGGACGAGGGGAAGUAAGACGGAUCUGUUCUGGCCAAGCUGCAAGAACAUUUACAUUCAUCUCCUCAGCCUCACAUUCGCCCAUUUAAUGGCAUAUCCAUGUGGUUGCUCAUCAAUCUAACAUGAACAAAUAAAGCUCAUUUUGAAUAAUU